AUGGGUUUUAAAGACGCAAUUAUAAAGUUACGUGAACCCGCCCCACAAUAUGUACUGGGAUGUCUCCCAGCAAUCGCGACUGUGGGGACGACCCCUUACGAAGGUUUAAUCACCAAAGUGUUAUGGAUACUUCGGUGCCUCGGGUCGCCCUUUUGCGGCCUUAUGUACUUUUGCGCCGUAGGCCAUGAUCCAAUUGCUAUGUGCGUGUAUUGGUUACCGCAUACCAGUUUCAAGAUGGUUAAGGAUCGGGCUGCGUUCAACGAAGAAGGAGAUGACUAUGACUAUGAACCCAUACCAUAUAGAGUUUUCGGAUACCAUGCCCGAGAGUUAGUUCUUACGAAUGAACAGAGGAGUCUAUUGAAGGGUUGUAUUGCCGAGGCAUCAGCGCUUGAUAGACUGGCGUCCGUCGCGUCAGCAUAUCAUAUUAUAGUUGGCAUAUUUUCCGGGAUAUCGCGAAUCGUCGGGCAAUGCAUAGAGCAGGAUUGGCCCCACAUUCCCAUGUCUCUUGCUUGGAUAUUACCUGCAAUUUACGUGCGGGUAAUAUAUGGGAAAGUGGUCUUCAUUGAUCCCCGUAAGAAAAUCAAAGAUCUAAUAAUAGUAAAACAACCCGAUCCACGUAAAGGGAGGAUUAUAUCUACUUAUGUUACACUCAUUGCCCUAUUAACUAUAAUAUCCCCUUGGACUUCUGUAAUCUUUGCGUACUUUACUCCUCCAGUGGGAUUUCACUGUCGCAGUCGGUUUUUAUCGAUCAUCUGCUCGAUAUGGUCCUUAAAUUCCGUCGUGGCUUUUCUUUCCCACAUCAAGGGAGAAAAAACAGCGGAAUGUGGUAAAAAGCGGAACAUAUUAUUUUGCUUUUCGGGUUUUGUUAUAAUAUUGCUUUUUGCCUUUCUGGGCGUAUUAUCGGACCAGUCAACGCUCUGGGUCGACUUAUUCGGAAAAUCUUGCGAUAUAUCGGGCGUAUGUGCUAAAUCUGGAUGA